AUGAGCAUCUUCACGUCCAGCAGGUUCAGCGAGCGUGAAACAUUGACCCAGACCGAUCCAAAUGUUCCAGAACGGAAGGUCGUGGCGGAUGCGGGCGUCAGAGGAAGGUCGAACCGAGGAGGCAGCUUACAUAACGGGCCUGUACUAUUAAGCCUCCCUCCUAUACUAUACUGUUUCUCUGCUGCAGCUACUAUGACGUCUCCAUCCGGAUGUUGGACCUGCAGGCUGAGGCACCGCAAGUGCGAUCUCCGAGCACCCGUCUGCCGCGAGUGCAGGGAUCGAUGCAUCCCAUGCCACGGCUACGGCCCCAAACCCUCGUGGAUGGAUGGAGCCACCGCAGAGAGACAAGAGCUUACGCGCAUCAAGAAGGCUGUCAAAGAAAAUUUCCGCAAGGUCCGACGGGCCCAAAACCGUGAUCGUCAGGUGGCAAGUCGCAGAUUGCAUGGGACCACAUCAGCCUCUCUCCUAGUGCCUGUUCAGAGUCUAUCGGCGCCAGCGGCAGCGGUGACAGGCCUUCCAUCUCAUCCACACCUCCGUCUUCCAGCGGAUAUCGACAGUCCCCAGACUAGCCAUACCACUGGAACUGCCGGCGUGGACCCCGGAAAUGACUACACCCAGGUUCUGAAUGGGAGAAGUACGGCAGCUAGCCCAUGUUCAUACCCUCUGGCUCCUUCACAUGUGUUUCACCCCAGAGCAGCAUCUCUAGUCAUGCACUAUUUCGACAAAGUCUUUUACUGGCAAUACCCUUGUUUCCAAUCUCGUUCGCGCUUGGGCAAUAGAGGCUGGCUCCUCUCUUCUAUUAGUAGCGGUGGACCCCUGUAUCAUGCCGCUCUGGCACUCUCGGUGUUGCACCGAGAUGAAGUGGGAGACCCUUGGCGAGACUACCCGCGGGACCAGGAAGCAUUCGAGUAUCACACAAAAGCGCUGCGGGAGCUCUGUGAGUUUUCGCGGCGGACUGGAACAGAGACCCUACUCAGGGACAAGUUCCAGCUAGUGGAAUUUGCAGCUUCCAGCUUCAUGCUGAUAAGUUUUCAGGUAUUUUAUGGAGCGGAGGACGAUUGGCUUCCUCAUCUAGAGGCAGCGACCGCCGUUUUCAGCAUGCAUUCGCCUGAAGCCGUAUUUACCAGCCACACAAGUACCGCUAAAGUCGGUGACAGCUGCCAUCCAAAUAACGUCCAAGCCCAUCCGGGCUUCGAAUUUGUCAUAAUCCACGCAAUAUGGUUCGAUAUCCUAGCGUGUGUCUCAGCGGGCCGCGUGCCGCGGAUUGAGUACAGACAAUGGCUCGAAAAGCCAACAUUAAACCUGGAAAUGGCCGACCUGAUGGGCUGCUACAACUGGGUAAUGAUCUCUAUUGGCGACUUGGCGCACAUUCAAGGGUGGGGAAACGACAUGAAGAACAAGGGAACCUUGAGUGUACCACAAUUGGUAACGAGAACCCAGGAGAUUGAAGCACGGCUGCUUGACGGCGUCAAUGAAUUGGAAUCGACCAUGAAAGAAAAUACUCAGAUCCCCCCAGCUACAUGGGUCUCGCUCAUAUUUGCACUCGCGGCCCUGGUUCUAUCAAAUAUCCUAGCAUCAGGACCAGUAUCAUCACUCCCCGAAAUCAGGGAGGUCAUCGGCAAGGCCGUGGACGUGCUCCGCUCUUGGCCCCAAACGAUUUCUCUCCGCGGCGUCGUAUGGCCACUCUGCAUUAUAGGAUGCAUGGCCGAGUCUGAGCACCAGCCGUUCUUAGAAACCCUUUUGGUCAAUUUUGCCGAAGAAUGUAGAGGACUCGGAAAUCCUAGUACACUCCUCAAGGUUGUGAAAGAUUACUGGGCAACCCAGGAGUGCCAGGAUAGAAGAAACAGGAUGGAUCUAGAAUUCAUGGCAGGAGUUCGUGCGUUAUUUAUAUAA